AUGGAUAUUCCCGAGUUAUUUUUUGACCGUUUAACCUUGAUCAUCCCCGUCACAAUUACUCACCGGAACGUCGCAGUUAACUAUGAUUCUCCUCCACCUAACAUCGACAAGGAUGAAAUAUCGAGGAUUAUUUUACUAGGGAGUAAGAUGAAUACAGAGGAACUGAAGAGUAUGGAAACGGAGCCGUGUUCAAUCUGUCUCGACAAUCUCUCAUAUUCGAAUCCCAAAAAGCAUGGUGUCCCUACACGCAUGACCUGUUCCCAUGUCUUCCACGCUCGCUGUCUCUCUGAGUGGCUUCAACGCAAAAACACUUGCCCGUUGUGCAGUGCCGUGCUUAGGAAUUUAGAGGCCUUAGGCUAA